ACACGAACCGAUAACACUGCAUUAAAAUGGUUCUUUCCAUGGACAGAUGGGUGGGCAAAGUUGCCAUAGUAACUGGUGCUAGUUCUGGAAUCGGUGCCGCUAUUGCAGAUGCCCUCGUGGAACAAGGCUUAAUCGUACUAGGGGUCGCUCGCCGUUCUGAACGUAUAGAAGAACGUGCCAAGCAACUUUCAGACAAAAAAGGAAAACUUCAUGCCAUCAAAGCUGACUUGACCAAAGAGGAAGAUAUUUUAACAGUCUUUAAAUGGGCCAAAGACAAUUUAGGACCCGUUCAUAUUUUAAUCAACAAUGCUGGAACCGCAGCUUAUACGAACUUAACAGACGGCAAAACUGAAGACUGGAAAACCGUUUUUGAUUUAAACGUCUUAGCGUUGAGCAUUGCUACAAGAGAAGCAGUCAAAAUCAUGAAAGAGAACAAAAUCAAUGGCCAGAUUGUACACGUUAACAGUGUUCUGGGACACCAAGUGCUAAGUUUUCCAGGUCUAAGUGUUUACCCUGCGUCGAAAUUCGCUGUUACCGCUCUAACUGAAACUUUACGGCAAGAAUUAAACCACCAAGGACUUAAAAUUAAAAUUACUAGUGUUAGCCCUGGUUUGGUUGAAAGCGAACUGACUACUUUGAAUACGAAGCAGAGUCCAGAGAGGAAAGCUGCUAUCGAAAAGAUGUCUAUUCUGAAAAGUGAAGAUAUUGCUAAUGGUGUUGUAUAUGUCUUAUCUACGCCAGAACAUGUUCAGAUUCAUGAGCUUACCAUCAGACCUUUGUGAUAAAUUUUCCUAUAAAAAUGGUUUUGGUAAAUACAGUUGCGAAUUUACCGCAAGA